AGUAAAAUGUGGAUAAAAUAAGUUCAAAAGACGAUUUUUACGUGUGCUUUAAUAAAUUAACUGCGGAAAAAACAGAAUUCGAUUUAUUAAUCACAAAAAAAAUAUUCUGAAAUAAUAUUAGAAAUUAAAACGCUAAAUUAAACAAAAAAAAAAAACAAGCACAGAUUACCGACGUUUAAAAAGAUUAUUGAACUAUUGACGGAGAAGACAAAUUUAUUUAUCCUAUAGACGGUGGUGAUUCAACAAUCUAUUAUAGUACAUUCAAAACGAAAGUAUGUACGAUAUUCUUCAUGAAAUCCAUUAUAAUAUAGGGCACGGGGGGAAAAACAGAAUGAUUGCCGAGACAAAGAAAAAAUAUAAAAAUAUCACACAAGAAAUUAUAUUAAUGUAUUUAAAGUAUUGUGAACCUUGCCAAAUGAAGCAAAAAUGUAAAAAAAAUGGUCUGGUUACUAAACCAAUGAUAUUCUCUGAAAUGAAUAGUAGGGCUCAAGUUGACCUCAUUGACAUGCAGACCAGCAGACAUGCAGUCACGAGCAGACGGGGAAUAUUGUUUUAUCGUGGUCUACCAAGACCAUGUUACAAAGUUUGAUCAAAUAAGAGCAUUAAAAACAAAACGAGCUGAAGAGGCUGCGAAACAUAAUAUUAUAGACAUAUUUUGUAUUUUUGGUGCUCCAAUGAUACUGAAAUCUGAUAAUGGAAGAGAAUUCGUAAAUCAAAUAAUUAAUGAUUUAAAAUGUAUGUGGAAUAAUUUGAAAAAAGUUCAAACAAAUAAUUCAAAACCUUGGUCGGAGGGUUUGAGGUUUGUACAAUUAAUGAAGAAUAGAGCAUUUCACAGUGGGAUAAAAAGGUCGCCAUAUCAAGCGAUGUUUGGUAGUGAUAUCAAAAUUGGAUUAUCGACGUAUAUUCUUCCACCAGAAACUAUCAACAAUAUAUCUUCAGAAGAAGAUUUAGAAAAUGUAUUGCAAAAUAUUGGAGGAAAAAGUGAAGAAAGCAGUUCUGCAGACGCUAAUCAGGACGAAGAAAUACAUAAAAUAUGCGAGUCUUGUGGGAAUAAUAUUCAAGCAAUAUUAAACGAAGAUGACAAUUAA